GUUUAGUUUGGUACCUCUAUCUCUCAAAAUUGUCGAGAUGGACCCGAGUAUUUACAAUCCUAGAUUAUACAUUCUCGACGGACCGCGAGAAACCGAUUUGUUUAAUGAUCAACUUUACCAUCGGUCUGAAAGUGUUUGAAACCCGGUAAGAAUUUCCUCAUGUACCUCUUUUCUUUCAAUGCAAUAUUAUUCUUUUAAUUUUUUGUAUAAUAAUUAAGGGUUUUUUGACGUAAUCACCCAUCGUUCGCUGUCUCGCUUGCCUCGAUGGGAUGUUCGGAUCAGUCCCUUCAUUGAAAGAGAUGGAUUGCUGAGGGUGCGAAACUUUGUAGGGAUGGAGAGAUGACGACUACGUUGAAGGACGUGUCCAUGCUGACAGUGCUUCCAAUCAAUGGUGAUGCCAUAAUACAGAGUUCACAAAAAUCAUUGAAUGGUUGGGGCCAAUUCAUAAGACAGCAUUUAGGCAUCAACAUCCCCGAGGAAGCAGCCAAAGGUCGUCGUGUAGCACCGCUACACAAGUCUAUGCUAUCGAUCCCUUGGCUAGUGAGGACAUUUGGUAUGUUUCCGGAGGAUGCCACGGAUGAUCAGACAUAUAGGUAUGCUCACAUCUGCCUGAUUUGUUUGGUUGGAGAAUUUUUGUUUCUGAACAAGUCUGGUGGAAAUAUGUAUUGUAUGUGGCUCCGAGUUCUUUUGGGAGAUUGGGAGAAAAUUUUGGGGAUCGGCUUGUUUGGCGAUGAUAUACUCGGGGUUGUGCAAGUGUACGAAGAAAAAAAAACAAGUAGGUGGUGCCAUGUUCAUCCUCCAACUAUGGGUUUGGGAGCACCUUCCUACUUUCGCUCUGAUCUGCCCUGCCGACAAUUGGGGUCCCCGAAGAGCCACUACGACAAGCGGCUUAUCCAGUGGCGGAUCCAGGGGGUGGCCACCUCGGGUCACGGCCCAACCCUCCUCUGAAUCCGGAAUUAGUAUAGUCUUUAUGCGUUUAUCGAUUUUAGCCUUUCGGCUCAGUGUUAUUUUAUAAUAAAAUUGUGUGUAAUUAGGAAAAUGAGUAAGAUGAACAUAUUCAAAUCAUAACUCUAAAUUUAGUCUAGAAAUUCUAGCUCAAAUGAGUCUCAUCUAAAGAAAAACAAACAAUGAAACCUAAAAGUCUAAAAGUCUAAAACGUAAAAGGCUAAAAGAAAUAUGAGAUUUGUUCCCUUGAAAAAUCACUAGAGCAGGUGGUGGAAAUAGGGAUGGAUACACAAUACAAAUUGAUUAGUCGAUUAAUUUGUCUAGUGUUGACAUUGUUCAUUUCAACAGCUACUAUGGAGAGAACCUUUUCAACAAUGGAACAGGUGAAAAAUGAUUUGCGUAACAAAAUGAGCGAUGAAUUUCUCGCCGUUUGUUUAGCUAUUUUAUUUGAAAAGAGUAGUAUGCGAUUAGUAUGGAUAUAGACUCCUUUAUUGAUGAAUUCACUAUAUUAAAAGAUCGACGUGUACAUUGAUAUUCUAAAAAAAAUUAUGAUUUUUUGCGGUAUCUAGUUUUCUAAUGUAAUGCUGCCCAGUGUUCUACUAUGUCCUGGAUCUGCCGCUGUGGUGCUCGAUGAGUUGGAGCUAUCACGAGAUUCUUCUCCCUAGCCGGGUACUGCCAACAUCUUGAUAGUAUAGAGUUCAACGAGGUAACGUUCUAGUUUAUUAACUCCUAAUUAUUUGUAUGAUUAUGAAUAGCAUUUUAUUGGUUGAAAUUAUUUGUCUUAGCCAAUAAUUUAUUUUUUUGAAUAUGAAUGCUAUUUAUUUUGUUGAAAUUAUUUGUCUUGGCCAUUAAUUUAUUUUUAUGAAUAUGAGUGCUAUUGUAUAUGUUGAAAUUAUAUGUAUGGACCUUAAUUUAUUUGUUGAAACUUAGGUGGAGUGGGAUCUAUAUCCGAACGGAGCCAAGGAGAUGUACGAGUUGCGGUACAUUGAGGAUCGUCGACUCUGGUCGUACAAGUUGCGUGUGAUUUUCCACAACAUCGUCGAGUGGCACCUCCCGAACAGAUGUGUCUUGCAAUAUAAUUAGGCGCAGCCGAUUCCUAUUACACCUCCGGACGUACAUAAGUCACUCCACAAAUACAGCAAGGAUCUGCGAGAUACAGUUAGUGAUUGGCCAACCAAGCACCAUAGAUGUAUUGGUAUGUGGGAGUCUCGUCAUACGUAUGCAAUUGAUGGCAUCCCAAUGACAAGGCCAAUGGGGUACUAAGAUGAACACAUGAUCUGGUACCGCAAGUUCACAAAAAGAUGAGUAACCAAACGUGGUGUCGUGAUCAGUUCGUUGGUAAGCACAACAUCUAUUUUCGCUUAUUUACUUUAGUUACAUAAAGAUUAUUUGACUAAAGUGUUGUUUAACUAGGUUGAUGGGUUGGAACUUGCGUUAAUAGGGUUAGUAAAUGAGUAGAAGCAUU